AUGAGUUACGUAGAAGGUGUCGCUCAACCCAGCCCGCCGGGCGGUGUAUUAAAGAUUCUCGGCAGCGGUAACAACAUCCGCGCCGAGCAAACCCCCCGUGUCAACGUGCCCCAAUCAGUGGACGGCGAACGGCGGGAGACUGUCGGCGCGCGCCUCAACCUCGGCGCCGUGGUCGCGCUCGGCGCGUUCGGCGCGAUCGUCUUCCUCGUAGCGAUCAUCACUACCAUCGUCAUAUUGGUGCGGAGAUGGUUGGAUCACUGCAUUGUCACAGAGGCAGCGAGAAAAACAGUGCGAAAUGUCAAGGUUGACUACGACGUGUAUUGGUCCGACCAUUUGCCGCUUGUAAUGGAGUGUGACCUGGAUAAAGUUGAGAUUGUUUGCGAUAGCGUGACGUCACGGAAUGAGGGCGUAGUUUGGGGUGAAAGAGAGGCAGCUCAAGUGGAGCUCUACCAAGCAAUCUGCCACAGUAAGUUAAAAUUGCUAGACUUUCCUGCUGAGUUGACGUCAUGCGCAGAUAGGCUAUGUAGCGAAUCUAAUCAUAAACUAGUAUUAGAUAAUAUGCAUAGUUAUAUAGUGAAUACGCUGACGGAGGCAGCAAAAAAGUCUAGCAAGAAAACGCAGGGAAAACACUGCAGUCAGAGACAGGUGGCCGGCUGGAACAGGUACGUGGCUCAUGCUCACAGGGAUGCCAGGGACAAAUUUCAAAUCUGGGUGUCUGCCAAUAGGCCUAAAAUGGGGCCCGUUUACCGGGACAUGUGUGAAGCCAGGAAGCUUUUUAAAUCCAAGCUGAAGUGGUGUCAGGACAGGCAAGAACAAAUUAAGAGUGAUAUUCUUGCCUCGAACCGCACAGCUAAGGAUUUUAAGGCUUUCUGGAAAAACACUAAUAAAUUUAACAAGAAACCAGGGGUCCCUGUGAGCGUGGGGGGAGAAAGCGACAGGAAGGCUAUCGCGGACAAUUUCAGCAGGUUGUUUGCCGUGAGUCCCUUGCUGAGUUCAAAUGUGAGUGAGGUGGGUGAUGCUGAGACUGUCAUGGGUGAAUGCUCCCUGAGAUUUACAGCUAGUGAAGUUGACAAAAUCAUUAAAGACAUGCAAAGGGGUAAAUCACCGGGACAUGACGGGCUCAGCAUCGAGCACCUCAAGUACGCUGGGGUUCACUUGCCGCGAGUGCUGGCAAUGUUCUUUACUCUGUGUAUGAGGCACACCUAUCUGCCCCAGCAACUUACUAGUUUAGUGGUAAUUCCGUUGGUCAAAAACAAGACUGGUGAUCUUUCGGACAUGGGGAACUACAGACCUAUCUCUCUGGCCACUGUACUAGCAAAAGUGCUUGACAGCUUGAUUACCGUGCAACUUUGUAAACAUAUUAAAAUUCACGACGCUCAAUUCGGCUUCAGGCCAGGUCUGUCGACUGAAAGUGCAAUUUUGUGCGUUAAGCAGGCUGUCAAGUACUACAAGGACAGGAACACCCCAAUUUAUGCGUGUUUUCUGGACUUGUCCAAAGCGUUUGACCUGGUUGUGUACGAUAUACUAUGGGACAAGCUGCAAAAAACCAAUCUUCCUAGGGAGUGCGUGGCUUUAUUAAAAUAUUGGUACAACAGCCAGACUGAUGAAAAGAGUACGAAAAUGAGAUAA